CAAGACGCGGCCUUCCGGUCGAGGGUCGGUCGAGGCCAGCACCACCAGCACACUGGCUUCAACGCAAGCCUCUCCUCACCUAAUGCUGUCGAAACUGCCGCGGGCUGCUGCGCGUGCUCGCCUGGCCGCGCAGCCGGCGUGCCGCGCCCGCAGCAGCAUCGCGUCCCGGGCGUCCCGCGCUUCCCGGCUCCCGCGCUUCCCGCCUCGCGAUAGUGACGCGCCGCGUCCGGACGCCGCCCGCCGUGCCCGCAGCAGCAUCGCACCCGCCGAGUCGUCGAUCGCUGACCCGGCCUCGCUGACGUGGAGCCCUCCGUCGGAGCCGGAGCCGCCCUCGUCGCUGCUCCCGCUGUGGCUGGUGCACCGCGCCCGUGCCCUGCUGCCGGUGAUCGGGCACAGCGCCUACAUCACGCUCGCGAGCGGCUUCCUGAUGACCGACGUGCUCGCGCUGCGUCUGAUGCUCAUCGGCGGCUACUCGGGGCUGGUUGCAUUCCACGCGCUUCACGAGCGGCCUCUCCGCAUCCCGUUCCGCUGGUCGGUCUUCUUCGUCGUCGUCAACGGCGUGAUGGCGCUCAAGCUGGUGCGCGACCGGUACCCGGGUGCGUUCGGGGAGGAGGAGGAGUCCAUCUACGAGGGCUCCUUCACGCAGCUCUCGCGCGGCCAGUUCAAGCGGCUCAUGGCGCUCGCGACGGUGGAGACGCUGCCGGAGGGGGCCGUCCUGACCACCGAGCGCGCCGCCUGCCCGCACCUCUACUUUGUGCUCGACGGCUCAGCGCAGAUGAGGCUCAACGGCGAGGCGGUCGCCGUGAUCGGGCGGGGCGGCUUUUGCAACACGCUCGCGUACCAGCGGGGCGAGCUCUCGCCCCCGCCCGUGCCGACCCCGGACCCCUUCGAGUCGAAAAAAAGAAAGCCGAGUCCAAGCCUCGCGCUCGCAGGCGAGCCCGGCACGCCCGCGUACGGCACGAUCCGCGGCCGCUCUCCGAUGCGCGUGGUGAGGUGGGAGCUGGCGGCGCUGCGCGACUUGACUGCGGCAGGCGUGCACGUGCAGGACUACCUCGGCGCGAAGCCCACGCUGCGCCCCUCGCUCACGGAGGCGCAGGAGGCGGCCGAGGCGAUGCUCGGCACUGCGCCCGGCGGAGCCCACGUCGUUCCGCGGCGGCCGAGCCAGAUGCCCGCCGCCAAGGCGGCCAAGGCGGAGCACGCCGCCAUCGAGGCGGCCGAGGCGCCCGAGGGGGGCGGUACCGCCGCGAGCCUGAAGCGGAGGCUCUCGAGGCUGCGGCCGGCGGAGACGGAGGAGCGAUGCGCUCCUCCCAUCGUGGACGAGGGGUCCGUGGUCGCCUCGGCCGAGCAAGAGGCUUGAGAGCUGAACGCGCGUUGCGCCUGUACAAUCGCUCUGCGGCGCAAUCGCUCGUGUCGCGCGCUUUGGGUCAGUGACGUCUGCUUUUGCGCACCGGCGUGUUCCGUGUGUGGUGUGAUCAAGUGUUUCUCUCUGUGUUUGUACUGCUGAAGACGAAAAUGUGGCCUCCGACUAUGA